UAUUCUGGGACCUGUCCUGUGCCUGCCAGCACCAUGACAUCAGGAUGGUCCUUCUGGGUCUUCUUGCUGCUCCUGCCCAGCCCAGCUCACACUGUGGGGCCUGGCCCCAUCCUCGUUAACAGGCCUUUUGUCACCAUCUGGAACAUCCCCACCGAGCGCUGUGUGAAGAAGUACAAUGUCACACUCAACCUAGAGGUCUUUGAUGUCAUAGCCAAUGACCAGCAGUCGUUCACUGGACAGGACAUCACUCUUUUCUACAGUGAGGAACUAGGACUCUUCCCCUACUACACAUCUGAUGGUGUACCAGUGAAUGGGGGGCUCCCCCAAAACAGCAGCCUGGAAGCUCACCUCCUGCAGGCCACCCAGGAUAUCAAAGUCACCCUGCCCAGCCCUGCCUACAAUGGACUGGCCAUCAUUGACUGGGAGAAGUGGCGUCCUCUUUGGAUCCGCAACUGGGCCUCCAUGGACAUCUACCAACAGAAGUCAGAGGAGCUGGUGUGGCAGCAACACCCACAGUGGCCCCCUGAGCUGGUGAAGAAGAUGGCCAAGCAGCAGUUUGAGCAGAGCGCCCACAAAUUCAUGGAGCAAACCCUGCAGCUGGGCAAGACCCUCCGUCCUGAUGGCUACUGGGGUUUCUACGGCUUCCCCAACUGCUACAACAAUGACUUUGACAGCCUUCCCUACACUGGGAACUGCCCGGUGGCAGAGCAGCAGAGAAAUAAGGAGCUGUGGUGGCUCUGGGAGAGCAGCCAGGCACUCUACCCCAGCAUCUAUCUACCACCUUGUGUCAAUGGCACCAACAAGACGCUUGCCUAUGUCCGGCACCGUGUGGCUGAGGCUUUCACUGUCCAGCACAGAGUCCUUGACAAUGGUCUCCCUGUCCUGCCUUACUCCCAGAUUGCCUUCGAUCAGACUGUUGACUUCCUCUCCCAGGAGGACCUGAUCAACACAAUUGGGGAGACUGUGGCUCAGGGUGCUGCUGGCAUCAUCCUCUGGGGGAGCCUCAACUACAGCACUUCCAAGGAAAUGUGCCUGAGACUGAAGGACUAUGUGGAGGGGCCCCUGGGCCACUACAUUGUCAACGUGACAGCCAGCGCCAAUCUGUGCAGCCAGAGCCUGUGCUCUGGCCGGGGCCGCUGUGUACGCCAGGAGAACAAAUGGGGCUUCCUCCACCUUGAUCCCUUCCACUUUAACAUCAGUCUACAAGCCGGCAAGCCCUGGCUGGUGGCCCAGAGCCUGGAAUCCAGCAUUUCCAGGAUGGCUAAGGAGUUCAGUUGCCAGUGCUACAACAAGUGGCAGGGACCCCAGUGUGACACCCUGGGCUUUGCUGAGUAA